AUGGAUCAUCUAACCCCUCAGCCUCGUCGCCGGGACCCUCGCGCCAAAUCUCCAAGCGAAUCUUCCUCCGAUGAGCUCGCCGCAGUGUCCGCCCACGAAGAAGCCGAACGCCGUCGAGCUAGCUGGACUAAGGGAAUUACCCCCCAGCGCCCCAAGAAAUCAGGACGCCUCUACAGUGGCUCUGAAAGCCCGGAUGAAUUAGCUGUCGAUGCCGACGAGUACUGGCGUUCCUCGCGCACGCGUAACCGUCACCGAAACCAGUCCCCGAUCAACCGCACCGACAGCCAUGACGAUCAUUCUCAGGGUGGUGCAGAAGGACACCCUGAAGAUGAUACAGUCGACACGGAUGAGGAGCAGGCUCACGAUGCCCAUAACUGGUCCGAUCGUUCUGCCACCCCUGUUGCUCCCACGCUGCCCCCGAAGCCCGACCAUCUCAAUUACAAGGAGAAGUUUGUUAUGCGUGGCCAUUUGCGCGGAGUAUCUGCUGUGCAAUUCUCACCGGAUUGCUCCAUGAUUGCUAGUGCCGGCGCCGACGCAGCGGUCAAGGUCUGGGAUACGGCGACUGGUAGACUCAUUCACACAUUUGAGGGGCAUUUGGCUGGUAUCUCCACCCUUGUCUGGGCUCCUAAUGGAGAAUGGAUCGCGACUGGGUCGGACGAUAAGACGAUUCGCUUCUGGAACGUGAAUACUCUCAAAGCACAUACUAAGGUCUUCGACGGCCACCACAACUACGUGUAUCAAAUAGCGUUUACACCGAAAGGUAACAUUCUCGUCAGUGGUUCCUACGACGAGGCCGUGUUCAUGUGGGAUGUGCGCCGAGCACAAGUGAUGCGCUCCCUCCCCGCCCACUCGGACCCAGUCGCCGGUAUCGAUGUCGUGCAUGAUGGAACCCUCAUCGUGUCGUGCGCUCUGGACGGCCUUAUCCGUAUCUGGGACACCCACAGCGGGCAGUGUCUCCGCACCCUGGUGAUGGAAGACAAUCCACCAGCGACGUGCGUGAAAUUUUCCCCCAACGGAAAGUAUGUCCUGGCCUGGACCUUGGACGGCUGCAUCCGGAUGUGGAGCUACGUCGAGAGCCGCGUUGUGAAGACUUUCCAAGGCCACGUCAAUCAGAAGUACAGCUUGUCAGGAUGUUUCGGUACCUACGGGCCCCGAGAUGUGAACUACCAACCGCCAUUAUGUUUCGCCGUCAGCGGCAGUGAGGAUGGUUCGAUUCUCUUCUGGGAUAUCGUCAGCAAGCAAGUUCUGCAGCGUCUCGAUGCCCACUCUGAUCCUGUUCUUUGUGUCCACACGGGCACGCUGAAUGGCAAGCGCUUGGUUGUAAGCUGUGGGCUUGACAAGACUGUUCGGUUGUGGGAAGAGGCAAGCGAGGAUGAUGCUGUAUCCAAUGGUGAGGCCAAUGAAGAGGGGCUCGGCGAGGGUGCGAGUACUCCUACCCCUAAGUCGCACUCGCAGGACAAUACCCCUGCUCUUGAUGCAGAUGGUGACGAUGCUAUGACUGAUGCUAUGCCCUCUGCCGCUGCUACUCCGGCGGAAGAUGUGACGAUGACAUGA